AUGACAUCAUCAGAUAACGAACCCCCUGAGAUCUACGAUUGCCCGGAUGACGUCAUCAUUCCCGUCAUGUCAGCAACCAAUCAGGUGCCUUACAGCUGGAUACCGCCAACAUUCUCUGAUAACUCAAAUGCUGACGUCGAUGUGGAGUUUACUUGCCGGGCAACUACACCUCGUGAAUGCAACCAAACUGGUGACGGGGCCUUCUCGGUAGGGGUUGCCACGGUGAUGUACAAAGGAAGAGAUAAAUCUGGAAAUGUGAACAUUUGCCAAUUCACUGUUACUGUUACAGUUGUAGCCAUUGUCUGCCAAGCGGACAGAACACUCAGGCUAUAA